AGGCGCGGCUCCACGAGCCUAGUCCCAGCCUCCCUCUCCGCUCUCCCGCCUCAGUUCCCCCUCCUCCUCCUGCACCUCCGCAGGUUCAAACUCUCCUUGCGGAGCGUGGCUGCGAUCACGGGGUCACGUGAUGAGCAUCCUGCUGCCCAACAUGGCGGAGUUCGACACCAUCUCGGAACUGGAGGAGGAGGAGGAAGAAGCAGCAACGUCGUCGUCGUCGUCGUCGCCGUCGUCGUCGGUGUCUGGGCCCGAAGAUGACGAGGAAGAUGAUGAGGAUGAAGAGGAGGUGGAGGAGGAGGAGGACGAAGAGGAAGGGGUAGAGGAGGAGGAGCCGCCCCCGCCGCGGGUCGUGAGCGAGGAGCAUCUGCGGAGAUAUGCCCCCGACCCUGUGCUGGUGCGGGGCGCCGGCCACAUCACUGUGUUUGGCUUGAGCAACAAGUUUGAUACUGAAUUUCCUUCAGUUCUAACAGGGAAGGUAGCCCCAGAAGAAUUUAAGACCAGCAUUGGCCGUGUGAAUGCAUGUUUGAAAAAGGCUCUCCCAGUCAAUGUGAAAUGGCUGCUGUGUGGAUGUCUCUGCUGCUGCUGCACACUGGGUUGCAGCCUGUGGCCUGUUAUUUGUCUCAACAAAAGAACCAGAAGAUCAAUUCAGAAGUUACUAGAAUGGGAAAAUAACAGAUUAUAUCACAAGCUUGCUUUGCACUGGAAGUUGACUAAAAGGAAAUGUGAAACUAGCAAUAUGAUGGAGUAUGUAAUAAUAAUAGAAGUCUUACCAAAAUAUCCCAUAUUCCGACCUGACUGAGAAGUUUUAUUCAGUCACUUCUAUGUUACCUGUCAUUUCCUACCCUUAGUGCCUUGUAGAUGAGUUUUGGAAUGAAGAUGGUCUUCUUUGCUGUAUUCAACUUAUUCUUUAUAAUGGUAGAAUAUUCUCCUCACUCUUCUAUUUGUGUUUGUAUAAGAAGAAAAUUUGCACAUCUUUUUUUGUUGUUGUUCAAUUAAGCUUGUGUUUUGCACUCUAAAAUUUUUAAAUACACAUAUACAUAUAUAUAUAUAUAUAUAUAUAUAUAUAUAUAGUUGCCACUAAAAAUAAAGCAUCAGUAUUGGUGUUUAAAAAUGAAAACCUUGUUCUGAGCAUGCUGCCUUAUAAUUUUCAUACUCAGUGUUUCUAAAUAUGCAUCAUUUUUCUAGGCUACUUAAUGCUCUGUAAUCCCUUACUGAACACUUAAAUACGCUUUUGGUAGCUUUUAGAAAUGGUUUUACUCUGCUUUUAAAGGACAUGCAAUUAAUAGUUCUGGUUCUGUCCUGCACUUUGCUAAAUUCUUUAUGUUAGUGGAUAAAAUAUUUAAACUUCUAAAGACUUGUAAAUAUUGUCUCUGCGUAAUGUAAAAUGUGGUAUGCCAUGGUUUACAGAAUGUAAUAUUACUCUUACUAUAUUGCCAACAAUUCUGCAUAGAUUUUUAAUAUGAAUGAAAAAUGAAAUUUGCAAGCACCCUUUUGAAUGUAGAGACCGUUAACAUACAGUAUUCUGGCAAAGCCAUGAGUUUGUUAAAAUUUCAGGUGUAGGGCUGGGCUGACUUUUGUGUAACAAGCAGAUUCAAAUUGAAAUAAUUAUCUCAGCUAUUGUGCAUUGUACCUGAAAUGAAGAACCUUGUUUUCCCCCUUUUAUUCCAUAGUUCCCAGUUUGACUUCUGCUCCAUAAAAAUAACUGAUUUUACAUGUGAUA